CACUUAACUUUGUGGAAAUUGGGAAGCAGAGAAAGAGAAUGUCGUCGUCCUCGUCCAUCAUGCAAUAAGGCCUGGAAGCAACUGCGGGGAAAUAUCUUAAACAUCCGAUUAGGGUUUAUUUUGGGAGCUUUCCAGGUCUUACCAGAUUCUACUUGUUUAUUUGGAUUACAGGACUUUUGAUGGGUUGGAAUACAAUGAUAUAGCUUAUCCUGCACAGGAAAUAAAUUAAGAAGUUUGGAAGGUCUGGAUCCUCUCUGGAUAUCAAGUUAUCAGAAAGGUUUAGAUGGGGGCUUUUUUGAGCUUGUCUGGUAACAGAGCUAGGGCAAGUGAGUACAGUGAGGUUUCUCAAAGGGAAACCUGCAAGAGACAGAGAAUGUUCUCAAGUGAUAGUCAGGAGAAUCCAAGACUGAUUCCUAGUCUCCCUGAUGAGUUAUCACUACAAAUCCUUGCUAGACUUCCAAGAGUUAACUACUUGAAUAUGAAGUUGGUAUCAAGGAGCUGGAAAAAUGCAGUUACGAGCUCAGAACUCUUCAGUUGGAGAAAAGAACUUGGAACAACAGAAGAAUGGCUUUAUUUAUUGACUAAGGUUGAUAGUGAUAAGCUUUUAUGGCAUGCGUUGGACCCUUCUUCCAGAACAUGGCAGCGGUUGCCACCAAUGCCAAAUGCUGCUGACAAAGAAGAAUCUAGGAGGGCAUUGUAUGGGCUUCGGAUGUGGAAUGUGAUUGGCUCAAGUAUCAAGAUUGCAGAUGCCAUCAGAGGAUGGCUUGGAAGGAGGGAUGGAUUUGAUCGAAUGCCAUUUUGUGGUUGUGCUGUUGGGGCAGUUGAUGGAUGUCUCUAUGUUUUAGGUGGAUUCUCUAGAGUUUCAGCCAUGAGAUGUGUUUGGAGAUAUGAUCCAAUUCAAAAUGUGUGGGAAGAAAUGACCUCAAUGUCCAUGGGUAGGGCCUAUUGUAAGACUGGCAUCUUAAACAACAAACUUUAUGCUAUUGGAGGGGUCAGUAUCAGUCAAGGUGGAUGUACUCCUCUUCAAUCCGCUGAAGUAUUUGAUCCUCAGACUGGGGUAUGGUCCCAAGUACCAAACAUGCCAUUCUCAAGAGCUCAAGUGUUACCUACUGCCUUUUUGGCUGACAUGCUAAAACCUAUUGCCACUGGAAUGACUUCAUAUAGGGGAAGGCUAUGUGUACCUCAGAGUCUAUAUUCUUGGCCCUUUUUUAUUGAUGUUGGAGGAGAGGUUUAUGAUCCUGAAACAAAUUCCUGGGAUGAAAUGCCAGUUGGCAUGGGGGAGGGUUGGCCUGCAAAGCAGGCUGGAACAAAAUUGGGUGUUGUAGUAGAUGAAGAGUUAUAUGCAUUAGAUCCAUCUAAUUCUCUAGAUAGUGGCAAGAUCAAGUUAUAUGAUUCCCAAGAAGAUACUUGGAAAGUUGUUAUAGAGAAGGUCCCUAUUCGUGAUUAUACUGAUUCCGAAUCUCCCUAUUUACUUGCUGGUUUUCUUAGAAAGCUUCAUGUAAUUACUAAAGAUGCCAAUCAUGACAUUACAGUCCUGCAGGCUGACCCACACAGUCAUUUAAGCCUAUCUCCUAUAGCAGUGUCUCCAUGUGAACGACAAAGCUCAUUUGCAGAAGCAGAAAGAGAUGUCUGGAAGGUCAUUGCCACUAAAAGUUUUGGUUCUGCUGAACUGGUUAGCUGUCAGGUCCUUGAUAUCUAAGAACAUGACAAGUUAUGUAAUUUUUCCUCUUCUUAUGAUGCCAAUGUCUUUUGAAUCUGCCACCUGCUACAGAAUUUGAACAUCAAAAUACUUUACCGCAAAGGAGUUAGACUGUCAUCAACAUGGACUUAGAAAGGCACAAGCACAAGAUUGGAUUGAUGCAGAUUAAAAUUCCAUGAAGCUUAUUGCUAAAUUCAUCAUUAUAUCUGUACCUUCAUCUGCUUUAUGAAAUAAGUUGCUACAUUAUGAAUAUGGUGAAUAAUUUCAUAUUUAUCAUACAAACAAGUUAAUCACUGUCCCCUCAUGUCUAGAAUUGUACAAGUUUGUUCAGAAGUCCUCGUCUUUGUGGGUUAUGAAUACAAUUUCUUCUCAUA